ACCGCAUCCCUUCAUUCAUUGUCCGCUUCCUGGAGCCAUUUUUAAGCGCCUAAGGAAGAAGUUCGCUUCUUAAUUUUAAUCGUUUCCAUCUGCUGUUUUUACGCGUCGAUAUCCCAACAUCUCGGCAGAUAUAGGUUAAUAAGAUUGUCCUGCGUCAGUAUUGGUGAUUAUUUCGGGUCCUGCGUAGAGGAUUUUUCCGAAAAAGAGCCUCAAACAACAAGAGCCACAAAGGAGAGUUCGAGCGGGUGAAGAUGAGAAAGGAACUCUCCUCGGCCCCGCACCGGGCGAUAAUAUCAGGGCUUGGCGGCUCAGUUCUCGAGCAAAACGCUGGGUUGUACAGCUCGUCCGAUCGCCGUGUUGCAGCGUAUUCUUCGGCGACCUACAUCCAGAUGGUCACCCCGCCGUCCUGCGCCUCGCAGCCCGCCGAGGUCCGUGUAUCUGACCCCGCGGUGGGCAGUUUGUACACGACACCCCUCCAGGGGCCUCCAGCCGGGGCAGAGCAUCGGCCCGCUUUAGGGCGACCUCCGGCUAAACGCCGUUUGGAGCUGGAGGCUAUGGACCACCAAUACAGUGAACCGGCCAGAACGCCCAGAGGUCGCAGAGCAGCUCUCCGAGUGAAGAGCCCCAAAGCUCCUAAAACUCCACCGGAGAAGACCCGCUACGACACGUCUUUGGGCCUCCUGACCAAGAAGUUCUGUCAGCUGCUGGCACAGUCUUCAGAUGGAGUGCUGGACCUGAACCAGGCUGCUGACGUGCUCAACGUCCAGAAGAGACGACUGUAUGACAUCACCAACGUGCUGGAGGGCGUGCGCCUCAUCAAAAAGAAGUCCAAGAACAACAUCCAGUGGCUGGGUUCCAGCCUGCCCUCAGAUGCAGGGCCGCUCACGCUGCUGCCCCCUCUGCAGACUCUGAGCAGAGAGAUGAUGGCCCUGCGGGAGGAGGAGAGACGGCUAGACGAGCUCAUUCAGGCCUGCGCUAGCAACGUCCAGCAGAUGACUGAGGAGACACACAACCAAAAGUAUGCCUAUGUCACGUAUCAAGACAUCAGGAAAAUCAAAAGCUUGCAGGAUCAAACCGUAAUAGCUGUUAAAGCCCCAUCUGAAACCAAGCUGGAGGUUCCGGACCCAAAGGAGAGUUUACAGGUCCACCUGAGCAGCUGCAAAGGCCCCAUCGAUGUGUUCCUCUGCACAGACCCUGGCGGUUCGUUAGACAACGGAGUGGAUGUGAAUGGAAAUGACACUGCCUUCCUCAGAGUGUCCAAAGAAAGUGCUAAAACUGGAAUUGCUGGCUCUGGCCAGAUGAACGGCAGCUAUGCUGUUGGUCCAGUUAGCGGGCAUUCAGCGCAGACGUGUAACGCACCCAUGUCGCCGCUUAGCUCCUCACUGUCCUCCAUCCUCCAGCAGCAGGUAGAGCUGGUGCCUUUUGUACCGCUCUCGCCUGCCCUGCUCAGCGAGGACUACAUGCUGGGUCUGGAUGAUGAGCAGGGCAUCAGUGACCUCUUUGACUCCUGUGACUUGGACAUGCUACCUCUGGAUGACCUGCUGAUGGUAUGAGCGCUACAGGAGCCUGCAGGUGAAUGAGGGGUGUAAGAACUGUUCACUGGGUGGAUUUUACCAGUGAACGUUCAAUUAAGUUGGACUUCUAUGGGGAGGAGGGUGGUUGGGGUUACUGGGCUGAGCUGAACGUUUUUAUUUUCCCCCUUCUGUUUGUAUUUUUCUUACUCUGUUGUAUACUAAGAACCUAAAUGUGGGUUUUGUUUGAAUUGUGUGUAAUUUGGUGUAUAAAGAUGAGCCACGAAGCUUAAACCAGUUAUGCUGAUUGCUAACAUUAUAGAAGUGGGUCAGAUGAGCUUAAUGGAAAGUUGAAGUGGUGUUUGUGGAAUGAGUGUGUGUGUGUGUGUAUAUAAAAAAAAAAAUUAAUAAUAAUAAGUCAGACUUGGAGACUGAAUGGGUUCCACAGUAUCCAUAGUGAUUACUUGGUUUUAACUUUACUGACUAUAUGCUACAUUUUGCCUCUUUCCAACAAAAUCUGGCACAGCAGUGGCUUAUUUAUUACACUUUUAUUGAUGUGCUCAUUGGUUUGGGGACGCCUCCCCAUUGUCCAGCUAGUGAAUUUGAUUCACCUUCACAUUUCAGGUGUUUACAAGUAAACCAUUCAUAAGUGAUGGUAGUUUAGUGCAGCAGUUCUACAGAUCAUCCAUGUUGUGAUGGGCUUAGGCACAAGGCUAGAAUCAUGAUAUUGUAGCUGACUAAUUGCUAUAUAAAUAAUUUGUUAUUGACAGUUUGUCUCUUUUGAAACCUAAACUGGCCAAAUUAGCUUAUUGACUAGCUUCAUUUUUAGCUGUAAACUGUCAAUUAGGAGCCAUUAAGAUCAGCCAACUUGAGGUGGAAACAUUACUCACUGCUGCCCUCCAGAGGUGUUGAACACUACUCGCUGCUCUAAUGGCGAUCAGGUGUUUAUGUAAUUGUGACGGGUCUGUUUGGAAGGUCCUUAAACUGGUUUGAGAAUCACUAAUUUAGUGAAACGACUAGCUUGACAGUCUGGCUGUUGGAUGAAUCUAUGGAAAUUAUCUGGUAUGAUUUAAUUACUUUUCCCCCAUUUUUUUUUUUCCGGGGGGGGUGGGGGGCGACUAUUCUCUUGACACAUUUUGGCACAUACAUCAGUGUAUUUAAUCCCAAAUUACUGGGGAAAGGUUUUAUUUCUCGAUGUACUGUAGCUCAUAUUGCCUAAGACUGUGAUUUCUCUAGCAUAGUGAAAUAGCAGUGCACUACAGGGAGCUGUAGGCUGUGUGUGUGUGUGUGUGUGUGUGUGUGUGUGUGUACUGUGCCUUUUGCCACAGUAAUGCUUUUCUCAGGGCAAUGUUCUCAAUUUUACAAAAAGGCUCCUAAUUGAUGUUACUUCUUGGUAUUUAAUAUUAUUAUUUGUUUACUUUAAUCCCCAGCUCCCCAAACUAGAUUUUGAAGCACAACUGCACCAAAAAGACACAUUUGUUACCCAACAUGCAACAGCCAGUCAUGAAUUUGGCUAAACUAUGUCUUGUAUAUUAGCUUUUAUUGAAAUGAAUUACAUAAAGCAUUGCACACCAUCACUAACCCAGUUGGGUAUUGAGUUCCGCCUUGAUCUGUAAGUCGGGGUGCACUGACAUGGGAUGUGUGGGCCGAUGCUGAUGUGUGAAUCACAUGUGUCCAAUUGUACCAGGACUAGCAUUAUGAAGUUAUGACUGUCUUUACAAAUGCAGUAAAAUCUAUUCAAUUAUAGAAAAAGUCCCCCCCCCCCCCAAUACUGAUAUAACACUGCAUCCCUACCUCCAAGUUACAGUAAUAGGAUGAAGGUUUAUCCUCUCGAUCAUUGGGGAUGCGUAGGCCUUCUAAGCGUGUAGUGUUUGUUUUUUAAAAUCAUACUUUAAUGCAUUUCACUGUACACAUUUUGUAAAUUAAUGCUUGAGUUGAUUAAAAUCUGCAAAUUUGUGGCUAUUCUAAUGCAACUUCUUUGGCAGCUUGUGUUUUUGGGGGAUGCUUUGAGACUAAUUGCAUUAAUACAUUAUGCAAUACGAGGCCUGGACAGUAGUCGUACAUUAACUUACAGUGCAGGGUGUGUCGUGCUGAUACUGUGAUGGCUAAUGAGCUGUUAACUGACAUGCUUAUGAUUUUUAAUUUUCUCAAAGGUCAAUUUUAAAUCCAAUCCGAUUUCAUAAUGACUACCUACUUAACCAGCUCUAACCCUGCACUGCUCAGUUGGUGCCUGUUCCUGUCGUCAGCACAUGUUGCUCUGUGCCAGCUGCCAGGAUCUGCAGUGUGAUGCUUAAGAGGAAGCUGUCUUGGAGCUCUGGUAGCCUUUUAGCCUAAUCUGUAGUCUGGUAUUACUUUUAGGCCAUCCAUGGUUGUAAGGCUUCUAAUUUCAGUAGAUUUGUGCUGGUGUUUUUACUUGUUCAUGUUCUGAAGGUGUUAGAUGAAAUUUAAAGUGCACUGCGUCUCAUGUUAGGAACAUGAAGCCGUUUUCUUGUGUAGGAUAAGAUGGUGGCUCUGACAGCUUCUUAAAAGCUAGUUGCUCACUUAAACUUUGCAAAAACAGCUUUUAAAUUUUAUUGUGACAUGCAGGUAGUACAGUUUUUAAUGUUAAGCAAUUCUGAAUCUGAUGUCUUCCCUGGUGGAUGAAUACUUUGGUGAUGACCAGAGGAGUUGAAUUGAGGAAUGUGGAACAGAUGCGCCCCCAAGUCAAAUUUGGGUUAAACUCCUCUGGCUUUAGGUACUGUUAAACUCCUGCGUAGCUUUGGCUCACUUCUGUGCUUAAAUGUUAUGAAAUAAUUAAUAUUCUAAAUGUCGCUUCUGAACAUUAAUAUAUUAAUUGUCCUUUGUUUUGUGCCCCCCACAAAAAGUCUUGCCCAAAAAAAAACUCUUAUUUGCCCGGAUGCUUAUAGAUGCGAUGUUUGGUUUUUUUGUUUUAAACCUGCUAUCAAAGAGCAAAAUCUUGUAAAACUGAAUUGAGCUUCUGCUUGAAUGACUUCAACACUAUCACUCAUAAAUGGCUAUGAAGGAAACAGUGUCUAGUCCAGCGUCACAUUAAUGCUUACUUACCAUCACUGGGCUUUUUUUAACUUUCAGGCUUUUUUUUUUUUUUUUUUUUUAAACUAAGCUUUUAAAAAUAAAGGUUCCUAAUUGUUUUUUGGUUUCUUUGAACUUUUAAUGCUUUUUCAGACAAUUUACAAAUGCGAGUGCCAUUAAAAGGUUCUGUAUGGGAUCAAAAGGGGCUUCUAGGGCAUCGCACCAGAAAACUUUUUGACAUCUUGAUUUUUGAAAGUGUAGGUUACAUGAACAGUACAUAUUUUUUGGCUAAAGGUGGGUUUUGAUUUAAAAAAAAAAAAAAGACCAUGUGUUGCUCUGGACUUCAUGUUUAUAUGGACCGAUGCUGUUCCACACUCAGAUACUACUCAGCUGUUAAUGCUAAUUCUACAACCAUAAGUCCUGAACCCUUUAGGAGCGAAAAAACUGGAUUAAGCAUUAUACUUGCUUUCUGACCGCUGGCUGGGUUCUCCAGCCCGCUUGUUUUCUGUGGGAAGCCUUCAGUGUUUUCACUAAGCUUUUACAAAUUGAGGACCCAUGCAGAGGAAUCAGGGUUGGGCCCUAAUCCCCCGUCAGCCCUCGCCUCUCAGUAAAGCAGUUCCUAGUGGGAAUAGGGCUGUUUUUUGUAAAGCUGUUUUAUAUUUGUGGUGUGUUCUGUACAUAUUGUUGCAAACUGGUUUUAAUAAAGUUGUGAAUGCUCAA